AUGUCCUAUCAGCCACUGUCGCCCGACGACCCGGAGGAGCACAAGAGCUACGGGUCGACGGAUUCCUCGCCAAAAGGGAGCCCAACGGCUCUGCUGAUAGAAAAUGUGGUGCUGGAAGAUUUUGAGCGGCCGCAGACGGCCAACCCAUUUUUGGAUCCUGAGACGGCCGAGUACUGGAGAAAGGUCUACGAUGGCUGCCAGUACGAGUGUCGGCAUGCCUUUGAUCCUAACUUGAAGUGGUCAAAGAGGGAGGAGGAGGAGCUAGUCAGGAAGUUGGACUGGAAAGUGUGUCUUUGGGCUUGUGUCAUGUUUUUCGGCCUCCAGGUGGAUCGGAAUAAUUUGAGUCAAGCUGUGUCUGAUAACAUGCUGGACGAUUUGGGCUUGACUACGGAUGACUACAACUACGGCAACUCGGUAUUCCUGAUUUCGUUCUUGAUAGCCGAGCUCCCAUCACAGCUUAUAUCCAAAGCAUUAGGUCCAGAUCGUUGGAUACCGAUGCAGAUGGUCCUUUGGUCCUUCGUGGCUAUAUCGCAAUGUCUCAUCACCGGUCGAGGUAGCUUCCUGCUCACGCGUAGCUUACUUGGAUUUUUAGAGGGCGGAUUUAUACCAGACUUAGUUCUCUGGCUUUCCUACUUCUACACGUCUCGCGAAUUACCGAUCCGCCUGUCUUACUUCUGGACGACCCUUUCGGUGACAGGUAUCCUCACGUCACUGCUAGCGUCCGUUCUACUGCGCAUGCGUGGGCUGGCCGGCUGGGAGGGCUGGCGCUGGCUAUUCCUAGUGGAGGGCUUCAUCACACUCGCGGUCGGUGCGGCCUCCUUCUUCCGCAUGCCCGCCUCGGCCGUGCAGACCAAGACGUGGUUUCGCCCCAACGGCUGGUUCACCGAGCGAGAAGAGGCGAUCGUGGUGAAUAGAGUGCUGCGUGAUGAUCCGAGCAAAGGGGACAUGCAUAACCGAGAAGCAUUAACACCAAGGCGGCUGUGGGAGGCGCUGACAGAUUUCGAUUUGUGGCCGCUGUACGCGAUUGGAUUGGUUGCGUACAUACCACAAAGUCCACCAAAGACUUAUAUCACAUUGAUCUUGAGAAAUCUGGGUUUCAGUGUCUUUCAGACAAACCUGAUGACGAUCCCUGGUGAAAUUUUCCAUAUAUUCAACCUAAUCUGCCUCACGCGACUCUCCGAAUGGCUAAACGAGAGAGCUCUAGUGGCUAUACUGCAGCCGAUCUGGACCCUACCGUGUAUCAUCGCACUGAGAUUCUGGGAGGGCACGUUCGAGAAUGCAUGGGGAAGCUAUGCUCUGGUCAUGGUUCUGCUGUCAUAUCCCUACUGUCAUGCGAUCCUGGUAGGCUGGACCUCCAAGAAUUCCAACAACGUCGGCACCCGCACCGUCUCUGCGGCGCUCUACAACAUGUCCGUACAGACGGGGUCGGUUUUCUCCGCUUAUGUGUACCGAGACGAUGAUAAGCCUCUGUACCGGCGCGGAAACUCAACUUUGCUCCUAAUCAAUCUUGUGUCGAUAUUGGUGUUCUUGUUGACCAAGAUCUACUACAUUUAUCGCAACCGGCAGAAGGAGCGAGCAUGGAAUGUACUGACCGAGGAGGAGAAGGUCGAGUACCGCAAAGUGACGAAGAUACAGGGCAGUCGCAGGCUGGACUUUAGAUUCGCUCAUUGA